GCUCUCAAUUGAUAUUUGUUGACAAUAUGGCAAGUCUGAGACCUGCAAGAGUUACCUGAAAUACGCUGACAUUGGCAGGUUCAUGGCUGGGAGAGGACAUGCAGCCAUCUUGUCACAAUGCACGAACUCUUCACACAAGUUCUCUCACACAAGGAUCUGUCAAAGGCCGGGGACUUGUUCAACGUGCCAGACCAUGUCAUAGUGAACGAUCUGACGGACGUGGUCAACAAGAUCCUGGAGAUAGCGAGUCUGCCCGAGUACACCCGCAAUGACAACGACCAAAGCGUGGUGGAAAUAUGCAUCACCAGGGUCACCUCCGCUAUCAGGGAGACGGGGAGCAUCGAGCAGCAUGCGGAGGCCCUGGUGGCUCUGCUGCAGACCUGCCUCAACCACAAUCUGCGGCCGUCCUCCCGAGACCACGACCCGCCCCACGCUAAGAUAGCCUCCGAUGUGGUCUCCUGCAUAUUCCUGAACUACCACAAGCGCGAGGUGAUGGCCCUGGCGCUCCCCGUGGCCGUCAAGUUCCUGCACAAAGGGAACCGUGAACUAAGUCGCAACAUGAGCUCCUACCUUUCGCUGGCAGCUAUCGAAGCAGCUGAUCUCCUAGCCUUACACAUCCAACCCAUCAUUGACUCUGUGAUAUCUGGCAACUACUCCCUGUCGCGGGUGCUGCCCCAGAUCUAUGCAGUGAAGAAAGAGCCCAUUCAUGACCACGUGAUGACCCUGGUGUCCCUCCUGCCGCAGUGUGACACCAACGAGAAGCUUGGCCUCCUCAUGCUCUUCACCCUCGUCGCCAAGAACAGGCCCGCGCUGCUGGAGCCUUCCCUUCCCCAACUGGUGGAGUGCCUGAGUCUGAGUGGCACCUCCCUGGCCACGCUGCAGAUCUUCGUGGAGCUGUGUGCCUGGCGCCCCCACCCCUUCUCCGAACACAUCAACAGACUCAAGAGCAUCGUGGAGCAGCAGCCGCAUUGCCUGGCCUUCGCUCUACAGGUGAUGGCAGCAGUGGGCCGCAUCAGCAAGGAGAAAGGCAAAAGCUCCCUCGACUACAUAGCACAACAGCUCCCCAAAGUGGACUCCAAUAGCCUGGCCGUGGUGCUGCGGGAGGUGCAGACGCUGUGCAGUCAGUACCCGGCGUUGUUGGUAGAGUCUGAGUCGCUGCUGCAGGCAGUCAACAAGUGCAUGGACCGCUCCAACGCCUCGGCCCGGGUCUACAUCCAGCAGCUGAACAAUGAGUACAAUGAGAUCAGGAACACAAACGUCAACCACACUCCUGGCGGUGUGACAAUUGUGCGCGUGGGUGGCAGCAGCGGGCGGCCCGAGGGUCUAGUAGGAACCAGCCGCACUGACCUCACUCUGGCCUCGCGGGACCUGAGCAUCUUCCAGCCACACUCGUCCUCCGUGGUGGGCAGCGGCGUCAACAAGUUCGGCCACAAGUACCAGAAGCACAGCGACACCUCCAGGAGCACCGGCCGCCUCGUCACCGCCUCCAACAGGUCCAUGCCACGCCUCAACGCACUCCCUCAGAGCACGGGUCGGCUAGGCUCGUCCUCCAUCCAACUCAACAAGUCCAUGACACGCCUCAGCUCCUCCCACGGCAUGCACAUCAACCGCUCCAUCACUGUCCUCACCCCGCCCUCCCGCCACUUCUCCGGCCACCUGGGACCCAGCUCCGGCCACCUUGGGCACGGCUCCGUCACCAGCCAUCACCUGGGCGGGUCACAGGUGGGCGGGUCACAGAUAGGAGUGUCCCGGCUGGUGUCGAGUCCCCCGCCCUCUGUGGGGAUACACCUGACCGCUGUGUCCCCUCUCCCAGGGACCGUCAGCCCCACGAAGAGCAUGAGUUCCUCCCUCGCCACGCUGCGGGAGGGGACGGGAGAGCUCGGCGCAUCCUCCACAGUGCUCGCCGGGCCACACCAGUCCCAGGCCACACUCCCUGACCUGCCACACCCCACCACCACCGCCACAUCCGGCCACCACACCCUCUCCCUCCCCCUCCACCUCUCAUCCAGGGAACUAGUUACCGUCACGGGUGUCGGGGGAGUCGUGCACCACCUCAGGCACUCCCAGUCACCACUCUCCCUCCCCCUCACCACCGCCACUGUCACCACCACUGCCACCACCACCACCACCACGUUGCACUCACCCUCCGGGAGCAGCAUCACCAGUGGGCACGCCAUCACCACCCGUUCCAACACCACCCUCACCCACAUCACCCACGACCCCACCACCGCCACCACCAAUGCUUGUACGCAGAGGAUCAGUGUGUUUGAACCGUUUGCCAUGAGGGACACGGUGCAGCACUUCUGUGAGAAACACCUGGACAAGAUCAAGGCGUACAUGCAGAAGAUCUUCGUCAAGCUGCCUCUGCCUGUCCGCUGCGGUAUUGAAGAACGCAAGAACAGGAAACACGCCAAGCUGUACUUUGCCUGCCAGGGUAAGGGGGAACACUGCCUCUACAACAAACACUUCUUUACCAUGAAGACCAGGAACCCAAGGAUAUGGAUUCACCUCAUGUUCCUUGCUCUUCAGGCAAGGUCGUGUGUGGCGCUGAGCACUCGGGAGAUGCAGGUGAGCAGCCUCAAGAACUGCUGGGACAUCCUCAAGUGUGACACCAAGACCUUCGUCACGCUGGUCACCUCGGCCUUCCCCUCGGCUAAGGACAUGGAGAUGUUGUUCCACGAGCUGCGCAACGCCCGCUUCUUUGACGUGUUUGAGUACAACGGUGUGGAGCAGCAGUGGGGGUGCUUCCUCUGCAACCACCCGGACCGCGCCAGGGGCUUCGUGGACGAGGACACGCCUGUCAUUGAGGGUCAGCUCAAGGAAAAGAAGAGCAAGUGGAAGAUUUUCCGCAAGUGGCGCACGAGAUACUUCACCCUGUCUGGCGCUCACCUCUCCUACCGCGGGGCUGGCACGGAGCAGGACAAGGUGGAGGAGAAGGGCGGGAUUGACGUCCACCAGAUCCGCAGCGUGAAGGUCAACAGGGGCGGCAGCAGACACAUACCCAAGGCCUUUGAGAUCUUCACCGACAACAAGUCUUUUGUGCUGAAGGCCAAGGACUCCAGCAAUGCCGAGGAGUGGGUGCGGUGCCUGUCUAUCGUGGUUGCUCACUCCCAGGCCAGAGAGGAGCAAAACUUGGGCCCACUGAAAGCCACCACCUCCAUCCCACGCAGCUUCAUGUACGGCUAUCAUGGCUCCAAUGUGCGAACGGCUGUGUGAGAAGACGUGUAGAUUAGCUUGGGGUCCGCUGUGGGGUGUGGCUCCUUAGGUUAGGUUAGGUUGUGUAUGGUUCAUGGUAGAUUUUUGUUCUUUUUGAUGCUCAUGUUGGUUAGGUUAGGUUACUUGUGGCUCGUUAGGUUAGGUUAGGUUAGUUUAGAUUUUGUACAGUCCUUUUUUAUAGCAGCUAAAGGGCAAAAACAACAAAAAGCCCACUAUGAAAAAAGAGAAUAAAGUAGCCACAAGAGAGGUCAAGCUAUGUAGGUUAGGUCGGGUUUGUUGUGUCUCCGUAGGCUAGACUAGUGAAGGGUUAGGUUAGAUUAGGUUAGGUUUUGUACGGUUCAAGAUGGAUUUUUAUUUUGUAUCCUGUAGGUUAGGUUGGGUUUGUUGUGUCUCCUUCGGCUAGACUAGUGAAGGGUUAGGUUAGGUUUUGUACUGUUCAAGACGGAUUUUUAUUUUGUAUCCUGUAGGUUAGGGUUAGGAUAGGGUUUAGGGCAGCUAGUACAGUUAGUAUGAUAUGUUUGGUGGGAGUAUGAAAAGCUUCGUAAGGAUUUGAUAAAUUUUUAUAUGAUGGAUGAAUGACCGUUUUGUGCUCCUUUUCUCCUUUCAUACGUGUGUGUGUGUGUGUGUGUGUGUGUGUGUGUGUGUGUGUAUGACUUUCUGUUGACGCGUGAAAGUUAGGUAUCUGAAGGGAUGAUUUGUGUUUGAUAUUACUGAAUCCAGAGUAUGUAUCUUGAAAUUCAAGUUGAAUGUUUUAUAGAAAAUCUAUUUACCUAAUACAUUUUUAUUCAAGUACAGUGAAAAUGCCUUACUCUAGUGACACGGCAGGGUAUGUAACUGUCUUUAAGCUUCUCCAUUAACUGCUGUGCCUUUAGUCUUUAUCUGUUAGGAUACAAAGGAAAUAUUUUUGGCAUCAAUCCUUUUAAAUAUAUCUAGUAGUCAGAUGUUUAUAAAAAUCAAUUUUUGUUACCAAAAUUUUCUUUAACAAAUUUAUAAAAUUUAUUUGAUGUAUAUUGAAUCAGUCACCCAAAGACAUCCAUUCUUGUGCCUUGCUCGUAUGUUCUGUAGGCAGGUCAGUGUAGCACUCAAUGUAUUGUGCAAUAUGUCCUUGAUUGUUACCUCAAGCCGUAGAUUAGCCUCUUUAUGGAUACAUAUAUAUAAGGGAAAUUGUUGUUAUAAUGCUAUUUUUAUAUCUGUGGUGAGGAAAGAGCUACAUAUCAAAUGAUCUAGAGUCAGUCACAAACAAGUCUUUACCAUGAUGUAAGAAAAUUGAGGUAGUGUACAUUUAUAGAUGUAAAUUUUUGUACAUUUUAGGACUGGAAACUGUCCCUUAUAAAGUCCUGCUAAUAUAUGUAAAUGUUUUGUUUAGCAAGUUGUGCGUAGGAUUCAAAAUUUAUAUAUUUUUACAUGCACACUACAUGAUGACGUGGCCAGCAUUUUGUGCUGUCGUGGACACAAGAGUGUUUGCACCCUUGACAGGCUCCCUCUGCCGUGGGAUGAAUGUUUGAGCUUGUUGCCUGUAGCAGCUUCAUAGUUGUAAAUGCCAAGCGCCUCAUUCAGUAUGCCCAAAAGAUGUAUAAUGAUACAAUUUAAUUUUGCAGCUACAUUGCUUGUCUUUAGUGGAAGUAUUACUAUUAUUUCUUUGCUUCGAUAUGCAGCUGUGCAACUGUUCAUGGAGUUUGUACAGUUGUUCAUAGAUGACGAUUUUGAGAUAUACUUGAUACUUGGCUGACAGUAAGGGUAUUUGUUUAAUAACACACUGAAUCCAUCACAUACACAUACAAAUAUGUUUAAAGUUUUGCCUUUCACCUUUUAUUCAGUUUCAUUUUAAAUGGUAAUUGUGCAUCACCUGGUCUCUGUCAUCACUGUGGUUCAUAAUUUUUCUUGCUGUACUUCGUGACCUGAACACCUUAAACCAGUAGCAGCGGGGAUCAUGUUUCUUAAUGGUCCCUCUAAGCGAGAAAAAUGAGAAAAAAUCAUCACUCAUACAAACCAUUUCAUAAUAUAUAUCAAAGCAUUUGUGAUCAGUUUAUGUAUCAUCAAUUUUGGGGGGGUUAUAUCAAGGCACAAAUUUGGCCCGUCACUGCUACAUGGUAAAGCCACAAAUUUGGCCCAUCACUGCUACACGGUAAAGCCACAAAUCUGGCCCGUCACUGCUACACGGUAAAGCCACAAAUUUGGCCCGUCACUGCUACACGGUAAAGCCACAAAUUUGGCCCAUCACUGCUACACGGUAAAGCCACAAAUUUGGCCCGUCGCUGCUACUGGGUUAACUUGAUGGGCUCUGUCUCGCCCUGUCUGUUGCAUAGAUUUCCUUAACAUUUUCUGCAGCAGACUUGUGUUUCAGUGUCCAUUGUCAGUCAUGGUUAUUUUUCACCCGCUAGUUCCUGUGUGCUGGAUGCUGUUUUACAUUUUUAUGCAUUCCAAACCCCAUUCCUGCAGAUUUUAUCCUAUCCUUACACCAGAUUUGUCUCACCCAAAGAUUCUUGGUUAUAGUGAAAUAGUUGAGGGAAAUUCUAAUCACUUUUGGCUUCUCAGAAAUCUUAACAUUUUACAUACAGUUCAUUUUUCCUGCCUAUGUACCUUCUUGACACUUGCUCUCUAGAAUGCUUUUUUUAUGCUGUAAACCAUAAAUGUUCAACUUGACAUGAUCUUCACUUAAAUUAAUGUUCUGCUCGUAUAAAGGUCUUCCAAAGAUGAAUUACCAAUGUGUUCAUAAAGUUUAGUAAUCUCCACUAAAUUAAAAGUGUCUCAAUAAGCUAAUGUUACUGCUGAAUUCCUAGUGUUCUAGCUAUUUCGUCUUUCCAUGAAAUUGCUUUUUUGAUCGCCUUUAUGCAUGUGGAUUUACUCGGCUUUUUGAUAGAUUUUCCCGAGUCUUGCGUAAGAAGAAAUAGAGGCCAGUAGCAUGACUGUCACCUCUGUUGUGUUGUUACGUGGACAUGUGAUAACGAUGGCGUCUCCUUCAGUGUGCUGCCUUGAAGACUGUCGUAAAGUAUAGAGAAUUGUUAAUAUUUUCAUAACAUUUAUUGUAAGACUUAAAAUUUGUGCCUGAAAAGUGUGAAAUGAGGCCUUAUGUGCGUAGUGAUAUAUUAAAUCAGUUAUCUGGUGUCCACAGGAUAGUCACUUUAUGUGGAAGGAAUUGAGUAAAACUUUGCCUGUUUGUAGUAAUGAAUGUCAUAUGUACUUAAGGUUACUUGAAGAAAAGUUUAUCUGGAAACACAAGGCAAAGGUUAUUAGGUUAUACCAGUAGUGUGUUCCAUGUACUUAGUAAUUUAUGUAUAUAUUUAAAGUUUGCAGAACCAUUCCAUGAUCUUGUCAGUGGGAGGGAAGGUGUGAAGCUUGUGCAAUCAGCUGAGAAAGCCAUGUCGUGUGAUGUGUUGCUUUGUCAGUCAUUUUUCUGAGAUUUAUUUCAUAGUAUUGGUGAGGAGAGCGUCAGCAAGCACAGCGGCCUGCUUGAGCAAUGUGAAAACUGAUUCUAUGUAACGAGAGAGAAAGGGAGAGAGAAUGAAUGUAUUGAAGAUCCCGACUCAGUAUGGGAAAGAAGUACCAUAUUUUGAUAUUGAAAACAAAGUCCCUUGAGGUUAUGGAGAUUUUUAUUACCACAAAAUUGCAUUACACAUCACUUCCAGGUACAGUAGACAUGAAUCAAAUCCUGUAUGGUUAGUACAAGAAGGAUGUGGAUGUGAAGUGAAGUAUAUCGCAGCAGCAUCGUGUGUCCCUCAGUAUGUCUCUAUCCCUUUUGUUGUCCUUGACCAGCGUGCUCUGUGUUACUUUGCCUCCCUGUGACGUGUUUACAGAGUGGACGAAGUACCGGCUUAACUAAUUUGCUGCUUGUGUGAUUUGUUAAAGGUGUUGUACUCUUCCCAGGUCACGGUGGGAAUGUCUCAAAGUGUUCAGUAGAGUUCCUUGAAGCUUAACUGAAGUCGAGUAAAUUUGUAGCGUGUAACAUUGUGUAGAUAUGCCGUUUAAAGCUUUUUUUUGCAGUAUGACACUUUUACUGCCAGACCUGCUAAGACUGCAACCAUCCUGUAGUGCAGCUAACUAACCAAUGGGCCUCUUAGUGCUCUGUGUGUGUGUACAUAUGUGACAGCUAAUGAGGGUGUGUAUGGGUGGGUGUGUAUGUGCUUAUGUAUAGGGUAUGUUUGCCAUGGUUGACACUCUUCCUGUUAGCAUUCAUAUAAAUAAAGGUCUUGAAAAUUAAACUAUAUAUUAAAAAAAAAUUGAUAAGCAUUCUUUAUUUUGAUACCAGUUCAGUUUUCGAUAAUAAUAAUAGUCUUCACAAUACAAGUGCUAAUUGGAUCAAGCAUAUAUAAUAGAAUUGGCAAACAUACCCUCCAUGAGAUCUUUAUAAUUAAUGUAAACUAUUGUAUAUAUUAUUUUCAAAUGUUAAAUGUCUUCCAAGUCACACGAAUGGACCAAUACUCCGUAGAUUCAACCUCCUGUGUAGUGUGUAGUGGCUUCAAGCUCUGUGGAGUGUGGUGGGCAGGCCUCUUGGGUGUGUGGGUGUUUAUACAAGAUACUCUAUUCAUGAUAAACAAAUAUAAGCCUCACCCAUGAUAGCCUUCCACCACUAGGAUUUCACCUCCCAGCAUCCACCAACCACAUGCAGCCUGGUUGGAGAUGGAGGUGUGGAUUCGCCAAUGUUAUAUACUUAAUGAGGCUUAUUUACCAAGUCAUCAUGAAUAGAGUGCAGGUGACUCUUGUUUUAUAUGAGCUUAAAUUAAACAUAUCUUGGAAGACUGUGCUAUAAGGAGUUAAUACAAACUAAACUCUGACUUGUGCAUAUUGAAGAAAAGAUGUAGAUUUCGCAAAACUAAUUCUAUGCAGCCUCUUUAACCCGGUAGCCGUGGGGAUCAUGUUUCUUAAAGGUCCCUCCAAGCGAGAAAAAUGGGAAAAAAUCGUCACUCACGCAAACCAUUUCAUAAUAUGUAUCGACGAAUUUGUGAUCAGUUUAUGCAUCAUCUAUUUUGGGGGGUUUAUAUCAUGGCAAAAAUUUGGCCCAUCGCUGGUACACGGUAAAGCCACAAAUUUGGCCCAUCGCUGCUACCGGGUUAAAAAUGCAACGCUUCUCUCAUAUUAAGGAACAUGAGUUACCUGCAGAGUGGGGAUGUUGAGGAGCCCAAGGAGGGAGCCACCAGUGUUUCCUUGUCCUAUAACGGUCACUUCCAUUAACUACCAAAGAUUGCUUAUAAGAUGUACUACCUACUUUCUCCUCUGUGUCCAGUUAUGUUUGAUGAUUCUGAUGGAUUUUUUCUAUAUCUUUGUGUCAUGACAUAUAAGAUAGCAACAAUACCCUUGAAAUUGAUGAGGUAAUUGUGUCUAUCCAGUUAAUUAAAGCUAAUUAGUUCAUCUUUUUUUUCUGUGUGUUAUGGCAUGGAAUAGUAAUACAAAAUUUUUAAGUAAUUAUGUGAGGAUGAUUUAUAUCUCUUAUUUUUCUCACUCUAAUCAUUCUCACCUAAUUGUAAUAUUUCAUAACUGAGUCAGGCUUGUAAUGCCCCAUCUUUUGAAAUUAUUUUUAUCAUACUUUUCUUUCAAACUUGUGGUAAAAUAUUCCAUUGACAUCUCGCUCUGUCUGGAAAGCUGAAUUUUCUCACAUCUUUCUUACGUCUUCUGUAACUUUUUGCUGUGCCCUUUGCGUGGGUAUGCGUGUGUACCCUUGAAUCUGAAGGCAGCUAGGUAUGUUCGAGAGCAGGGAAUCCGACACACAUCUCGUCUUCGUAUACGUGAAUUGCCUUAAGAUUGCGGCUACAAGAAUUAAACUCGACCCUAGACAUCCCCAUAAUCAACACUACUGCCUCAUCCUCGUGAACUUGUGUAGCGACUCACAUACUCAACAAAAGUGGUCACUACUACUCACUAAAGUGUUGGCGGAGUGUAGCAUGAGAGAACAACGUAUUAAAAUGGUAAUGCAAUUCUCUAAGCCGUCUGUGGUGAUGACGAUGAAAACAGUGGCAAUAAUGGUGACUGGUGAUGAUUUUAUAGGUGGUGGUGACGGCCAUGGCAGCAAUAACCCAUGACGUGUCCAGCAUGGGUAACUCUGGAUCUCAGUGUGUUCUUGAUCUGCCAUGUCGUGUGGAUUGUUCAUGUUAUCCGAGAGUCCCUGGUGGUGUGUAUGGGGGUUGGUGAGGGUUAUGUGCAAGCCUGUAGCGUACAAGACAUGACUGUAGAAAGAUAUGAAAGAGAAGUAUAUAUAAGUAAAGUCCCCCUAUGAUAGAAAUAGCCCUACACACAUACACACACACACUGGUAUCUGAGAAUCCCUGGUGGUGUGUAUGUGCAGGCCCCUAACGUACAAGACAUGAUGUUAGAAAGAUACGCAGAAAGAAAACUAAUAGAAAGUAAAGCCUUCCAAUGAUAGGAAUAGCCCCCAACACACACACACACACCAUUAUCCAAGAGUGGUGCGUAUGGGGGGUUAGGGUCAUGUGAAGGGCCUUAGCGUACAAGAUAUCGUAGUGGAAAGAUUGUGUUAGAAAGAGAAGUAUAGGAAAGUACGCCCCUCCAUUGAUGAAAAUAGCACCCCCCCCCUCCCCUACACACACACACACACCAAAUUUUAAGGUCUGGCUAUGGGCGUGGUGGUGUGAGUCGGGCGUCCGGUGGUGUGCUGGUAUUGUAGCCUCAUGAUAUUUAUUUUGAUUUUAUUGCAUGAGUUUUUUGUAUAUGGAAGCUUGUUUGUACAUUUUGCAGAGAGAGAGAAACAAAUGAAGUGUGUCUGUAUAUUGGACCUCUAUGCCCUUUUAAAAUGUACUUGUUUGUUAGGCUUGCUGUUAGGUUCGUCUUUACUUACGGAAUUGAAAAGAAAAUUUGUAUACCACAUUUUUUGCAGCGAAUGUACGUACCAAUUAUGUUUUAUGAUCAUUACUAUUAUUAUUAUUAUUAUUAUUUUUGUUAUUAUAUUUUUGUUGAUUUUUAUUGCUGAGGCUUAUAUAGAACCGUGAAUGUACCAGUUUUUAGUGUAUUAAAAUCUUGGAAUAGUUUUUUCUUUUAUCAUAUAGAAGGGAAGGUCAUUCAUUAUUAUUAUUAUUAUUAUUAUUAUUAUUAUUAUUAUUAUUAUUAUUUUAUUUUUAUAUUUUUUAUAGUAGGGUAUGGUGAUAUGUACACGACAGGUAACGGUUCCAAGGGGUUACCUGAGCUGCCUUCAAUAAGCCGUGAACUCAUCAAUCUCAUACACCUGGACUGCCUUACCUUACCUGUGGGUCUCGUGCUUCAUUAAUGCAGGUGUUAACUGUGUAAAGAGCAAACUGACAACUGGUUCUAAGGCUUAACUCAUGUCUGCCAUUGUCAUAUAUUUCUUUACGAGCAAAUGAGGUCUUAAUCGUGGCCUUAUUAAUGUAUCAAGACAACUCUUUCUUCAUGUCCUUCUAAUUCCUGUUCCCCUUGUGCAUACUGCUAGUGUGUAAGAUGAUACUAUGUGAGGUGCAAGCCUUGUCCAGGAAAGGAAUUAUAUGUUGCAAAGUA